UACAUGAAAAUUAAAAAAAAAAAAAAAAAAAGUAGUAGUAAAUUAAUUGCUUUUUUGACCAUUGACUCUUUUUAUAUUCAAUUUUUUGCUUUUUGGAUAUUUAUUGAAUAAGAAUCCUAAUUAUUAUGCAAUUUACAUAAAGAUUGAUAUAUAAUCAUUUCUACUUUUUUUUUUUAAAAAAAACAAAUAAAAUAAAGCCACUAAAAAAAAUUGCUUUCCUUCACCGUUCAUUUUCCUCUCCGAUUCUCCGGCGACGGCGCCGAUGAUUCUAAUUUAGGAUUCAGCAUUUGCCGUAAGCAACAAAAGUACUAGAAGAUUCUUUAUGAGGUGAAUUUAGUUGUGUUUGAUAUUCUUAAAAAAGAUUAUGGAGGCGCGUCCUGCGUUAUCUGUUCAGAGGGAAGGUGCGCAUCCACUCAGUAAUUGUGGAGCUCAUUCUUCAUUACCCGUGCUUCGAGCAAGCCUGGAAGAGAAAUAUCCUAAGUUUCCAGGGCCUGUCCUUUCUUCGUUGCCUUCAAAUAGUGGAGCUGUUGGUCAUUUGUUUUCCUCAUCAUCAGAAUUCUCCACCAAUCUUCACUUUUCAUCUGUUCUGCCGCAUGAAGAGCAUUCCGCAUCUGCACCUUUCAUUCCUCAGGCAACAAAUACUGAGGCAUCAGUCCGAUUAGCUGCAUCAAGCCAGUAUGUUAAUGAAAAUAGUGAACCCUGGUGUAUAGAUCCAUUGUCUGAGUACCUUGAUUACUCUUUAGAUACCCCCGUCAAGAACACUCAGCUAGAUUGUAGCAAUACAGGUGAUUGUCACAUCCCACCUGAGGAUCUAAGUAAACAAAGUGAUUGGCCUGAAUGGGCUAACCUUAUAAUGAAUGAUGAUGAUGCUCUUUCUAAUUGGAACGAGAUUAUGGUUGACACUGGCAUUGUUGAUGCAGCAGAGCCGAAGAUGCAAUAUCAGGAACAAAAUCAACCUUCAAAUUUCCCAGCACACCAAGGUCAACAAUUGCAGCAAAUUCCUAGUGCAUCUCUAGAAACAUCUGGCAUUGUUCCUGCAUCAUCGACUGCAAGUGGUUCUUCAUCGAAGCAGCGGAUGCGUUGGACACCAGAACUUCAUGAAGCCUUUGUGGAAGCGGUUAACAAACUUGGUGGAAGUGAAAGAGCUACUCCCAAGGGUGUGUUAAAGUUAAUGAAAGUUGAAGGUUUGACCAUCUAUCAUGUAAAAAGUCACUUGCAGAAAUAUCGAACAGCUAGAUAUAAACCAGAAGCAUCAGAGGGAUCUGAGAAGAAAGAGUCAUCCAUUGGCGAUUUGUCAUCUCUGGACUUAAAAACGGGUAUUGAGAUCACUGAAGCAUUGCGGUUACAGAUGGAAGUGCAGAAACAGCUGCAUGAACAGCUUGAGAUCCAAAGAAAUCUGCAGCUGCGAAUAGAAGAACAAGGACGCUGCCUCCAAAUGAUGUUCGAGAAGCAAUGCAAGUCAAUGCCCGGUAUUGAUGCCUCCGCUCAGCCGACAGAUGCAGUUCAAAGUUCCUCAAACAAAAAUGAUCCAGGAGUAUCACUGGUCGAUCAUCACGAAGCAGGAGAUACAACUCAAAAGACGGUGGGGGAGAAGCAGAAAGAGCACGAAAGAGAAGAUACUAGCUCAUCAAAUUCACCACCAUCGAAGCGUGCUAAAGUCGAUGAAUAAGCUUCUGCAAUUUCAUAAACCUUUUGGUAGGAUUUUAAGUUCUAUUUGAUGCUGAGAACAACAUCAAAUCCUUUUAACAUUUUUGGUAUCCCUUUCAUAGAUUAUUCAGAUGGGCAAUGGAUUUGUCCUUUAUUUUCAACAUACAUGAUAAACAAAUGUCAAAGAUCAUUCCUUUAGUAUUUUUAAUAUAUGACUUUUUAGAGCA